GGAAUAUUUGUUUGCCUCUCUGAAGGUUUCGUAAAUUGUGACAGUCAAUUCACUGUAUUCCAGUAGUCCUCGCAAGCUGUUCAUUUCAAAAAUAAAACAUUAAAUUCCAAGAAUUCAAAGUCUCCAAGCAACCAAACCCAGGAAACAAAACUAUUGUACAUGAUAUUUACAUCUUUGUUGCCUGGGAAUCCUGUUGCUGCUCCACACCUCACUCCAAACACUUGCUAAAAGCAUGCAAUGGUUUUUGCAGCUGCCUUGCAGUUUAGGAAGGAUCAAGUCACAGACAUGAGGAUGAGAGAGCUGCGAUUCCUGAGUGGCUGAGGCAGCCAUGAGUAGUCGAGAGGUGGUUGUUCUGAGUGUGGGAGGUGUGAGAUUUGUAACCCGGGCUUCCACCUUGCAGCAGUUCCCUGAGUCCAGGCUGGCACGGAUGGUGAAUGACGAUGACCGGGAAUUUAAACUGGUGAAUGGAGAGUUUUUUGUGGACAGAGAUGGAGCUUUGUUUAGUUACAUCAUGGACUUCUUGAGGACUCUCCAGGUGUCCUUACCACCUGAUUUCUCAGACUAUCAGAGGCUGCAGAGAGAAGCAGAAUUCUAUGGACUCUACCCCCUGGCCAACCUCCUGAGCCAAGAACAUUUGCUGAAGCCGAGGUUGGAGAUCUUGGAAGUGCGUUUUUCUCUCCAAGAAAUGCAGGCCUUUUUCCGGAUCUUUGGUUCCUGCAGUACCACCAUUGAGGCACUAGCUGAGCAGAUCACUGUGUUUACAGGGCAGCAGCCAGGACAGGGCUGGAACAGCCCUUUUCCUUCCCAGAAACCACUCGUUCCACUUCCUUUGGAAAGACCCUCGCAUCAUGAUAUGGUUUUUCUGUGUGGUACUGAGUAUUCUGCUGGUGACCAGUUCGUGGCCAGGUAUGUUUCCAUAAAGCCUGAUAAAAGAAAGCUGAUUAAUGGUACUAACGUGCUAGGCCUGCUGCUUGACACUUUGCUCAGAGAUGGAUUUCGCCUCAUAAGCACCAGGACAGCCGGCAGUGAAGAGAAGGUUGAAUGCUACACUUUUGAAAGGAUGAAGAGGGCAGCAGGCCUUGCCAUCAUGGUGAACCAAACCCCAGGGAGCUCUGGGGUAGCACAGGCAAGGAGAAGCCAAGUGCAGAAAGGGAAAUAA